CUUUUUUCUAUUAUAAAUAAUAAAUAUAUGAUGACAUCAAAUGAAUCUUCUCCUUUUUUAAAACCUAAUGAUAUGGAUCAAUUUGAUCAAAUGAUGGCUGGUAUCAUGGAAAGCUCUAUAUCAAUGAUGUUUCGACAAUUGAUUGAACCAAUUGAUAGUGGAAAACAUGAUAUCUUUACUAAAUCAUCAUCAUCAUCAUCAUCUACUCCUCCUCCUUUACAGCUUCAUGACUUUGGUGGUAGUGAUUUCAAACGUUUGGCGGAAAAAUCUCGUAGAAAUCGUUCUUUGUCAACACCUCAAGAAACCCGACGAGAAACUACAUCAUCAUCAUCACAAAAAUGGAAUAGUCCCAAUUCUUUAUACAGCAAUGACAACAAUCAACCAAGUGACUCUUUGAACGCCAAGGCAAACUUUUCUUUUAACGCAAUACAAACGACAAACAAUACUAUUAUUAAAUCAACAAAUCAUCGGCACUCCUCCUCUUUGGGAAAGGAUUGGAAAUGUACUCAAGAAUGUGUAUUUCGUACAGAUGGUUCUGAAGAAACAAUAUAUCAGAAAUCCAACGAUGGUGUGGCUACAGAAACUAUUCAUCAUAUAGUUUAUCCCGAUGGUACUAUUAAAAAUAUCAAGAGACCUAUAAUUGUAUCAUCCCCUUCUACUACUUCAUCAUUAUCUUCAUUAGAUGAUUCUACAUAUACAACUAGUCCUUUCACUAGAUUAUGGCGUCUUGUAUUCGAUUAACUCCAUCUUUACUUUUUUUGAAAAAUUCCUAUAUUUGGUUCCUCUUCUUUUUCCAUACCCAGCUCACGUGUAACAAUAAAAGUUGCUUCAUUUUAUAUAUAAACUUUU